GAGCACUUAUGAUCUGUUUGUAAGAGUAAAAUGAAAAGAGAAAAACUCUCGAAAAGAAGACAUGAUAUUUUCAAUAAUACUUAAUGUCGUGCAACAGUAUCCUUUUGAGUGAUAUUAAUACUCCAUGGCAAGCUUUUGAAGAUUGCUUCUCUGCAUUAGCCUGACUUUGCUAUUUUUUUUUGGUUUCACUAUGAUGCUAUUUAUAUUCAUUCUCAGACGAAUGACGUCGGCAAAAAAUUUCCGAAGGAGCUUUUCCCAAAAUCAUCUUUUUGGAAACAAAUAGAAAGCAACCCUAGUAGAAAAAAAGUUUUAUUUUUGAACUAAAGAAGUAGCUUCUUUUUUUUAGUCUUGCUUGCUGUAGAGAGACUUCUAUUUUUUUUUAUAAAAAGCAUAGCAAAACAAAAAAAAGUUCAACUACGGAUCUCAAGAAUGACAAACCAGAUGGUGUCUCGAUUUCGAGUGAAAAAGCUCUCACCCAAACACCCUCUCCCUAUUUACAAAGAACAUGAACUCCCUGACUUGGCGGACGCUACAAACAUUCAAAGAGCAGUGCCUCAGAUAGAAACAGGUGUAGAGAAAGAAGAGGAGGAAGAGCAUGACCUCCAAGCUGCUAUUUCUGCUGCGCAAGCGGCUGUGACAACCGGCGUGACCAUAGAAAAGUACAUCCCUACUCCUGAUGCUUCUCGAUUGAUAUCAGACAAUGAAUAUAAUGCCCUCUACAAGAAAAAAUAUAAAGAGUCAACAACACUUAUCAAGUUCUCAUCAACUGUGGAGGACUGUAUAGGUUGUCCCUACGUCAUGGACGAAGAGGAUGAUACCUUUCUACAGUCAUAUAAUAAGCAAUAUCCUGGAGAACCACUUUCUGAAGAUACGUUUGAGAGUAUUAUGAACGAGUGUGAGUCAAUAACCAAUCAAAAUUGGCCACAUCUGUACUUGGAUCCUGAGCAAACACCUGAUUUUAAAACAUUCAAAGAACAUGUGCCUGAUUACUCCAAGCUAAAUAGUUGUCCUAGUCUUCCUGUUGUCUUUGAACACUGGCGAAAACGCCGAUUAGAGAGACGAGGUAAAGCCAUCGUCCCUCAACUCAAGCUAGAAGAGACUGUGAAAAACGAACUUGAUCCUUAUAUCUGUUUUCGUCGUCGUGAAACAAAGCCUGUGCGAAAGACACGACGUACAGAUCAACAGUCGCUGGAAAGGUUACGUAAGCUACGGUCUGAGAUGGAAAUGGCUCGUAAUCUGCUGGAAAUGGUCCUACGACGUGAAAAGAUUCGAAAGGAAAGCCUGGUACUGGAGCACGCCGUCUUUGAUAAAAAGAUUUUACUGCAAGAUUACCAACGCAAGCUGGGUAUUAAAGAAGAUGAAGACUUGAUUCAUCUGUCUUCCAAGAAGAAGCGCAAAGUGUCAAUCGGUGGAUCUUCUGGUGCUACUAUCAAGAUACCUUUGCAUAAGCUUAGACGAGAUAUUCGUAUCGAAAAGUCGCCUGCUCAAUUAGCCAUUGAAGCUGAACUGGCUCGUAGAAAGGAAGUCGAUUUACCGUACGAGGAUGUCACAGAAGACCCUUAUCAGCCCUUUCCUCUAUCUACACCACACCACUUCUUUCAAUCGCUGUCGAACAAACCAUCACGUACACGGUACCGGAAACGUGUGGGCCGUGGCGGUCGCAUCUUUAUUGACAGAUGCGGGUACUCUGCACGCUACAGACCCACUGGCGGAAAGACAAGACCAGGAGAGCUGCAAGAAACUACGUAUGAUCGCUUUCGGUUUGACUCAGACAAUAGUGAUACAGAUGAUGAGGAUGGAAAUGAAUUGGUCGUUGAUGAAAUGAGCAGCUUAUAUCUCAAACAUAGAGUACAGCUUCUGUCUGAGACAGAGCUUAGAAAUCUUAUGACAGUUCCUUUUUUAACACCACUCAAUAUGAUCAAUCAAGCUAGAGCUGCAGCUGCAGCGGCGGCAGCCCAACAACAACAACAGCAGCAGCUGCAACAACAACAACAACAGCAGCAGCUGCUGCAACAACAACAACAGCAACCACAACCAUCCUCCUCCCCGCAACCUCUUCAACAAGGGUUUAGCCGGUCACCGUCAGCAACGCCUGUCCAUCAAAUAGGACCUACUGCUUCUCCCAUCAAACGUCAAGCCAGUCGUACGAAACUAACGCCUCAACAGGCAGCAGUGGCCAUGGCCAAUGGUAUGAUUGCUGCCAACAUGGCUGCUGUCGUGAAUGGUACAUCCAGUGCAAACAAGGCUACGGCUAUGCAGAUGGCCAUGGCUGCUGCUCAACAGCAGUUGAAUGAAGCAGCAACGCCAAAGCACAAUAGUACGCCACCUUUAUCACUCCACUUUUAAGAAGAAUCUUUUGUACAAACUCCCCCUCCCCCCUUUUUUUUGAUUUUUUUGACGCAAAACACACAUUGUAAAUUAUUGCUAUGACACUGCUCUAUACAUAUAUAUAAUAUACAUACACCCACACGCUCUUCCACCACUUUUUCACACUUAAUUCAUAUAUAAUAUAAUUUUAAUAAUAUAAUACUACAUAAAUCUGCUUUAAUGCGUACAAU